AGAACUCCUACGUAAGCACAUAGCGCCUCGAUCAUUUCAAGCGUGCGCGCAAGUCGGAGUUGUCAUAGAUUCUCUGCAACGCUGUUUUUUCGUUGCCCAUCUCAUUGUGGUCGUACGUGGAGAAGUGGGCGGGAGAACACAAAAAAAGCGCCACCAUGCCGAAAUAUGCUGCGCUGGUUAAUCUUCGCAGUGGGGGGCGGCGUGCCGCGGAGUACGUUCUCCGCAAGCUACGCGAGCGGCUAGGUCAGGAGCACGUGUGGGUGCUCUUCAACACCGGCGAUGAGGAGCGCGAUCACGCGGAGCUGGAGAGGUUUCUGCGCAACGAGUCCCCCAAGUUUGUCGUCGUUGCGGGCGGUGACGGGACCAUCUCGUUCGUCAUGGACGUGGUGAAGAAAUUGCACUCGACGCGCCUCCUCGCGGACGACCGCGGCAUCAUCGCGCCUUUUCCGCUCGGCACCGGCAACGACCUUAGCUUCACCCUCGGCUUCGGCAGCGGGUUUGCGCGGUGGUUUGUGCUCGGCGGUGUUCGCUUUCGGCGUCUUUUUCGCUCCUACGAAACGGCGACUGUCACGAAGGUCGAUCGGUGGUCAUUACAGGUGUCCACGACGACAGCACAGCAGCAGCAGCAGCCGGUGGAGCACUCCUACAUCCUUAACAAUUAUUUCUCCAUCGGCUUCGACGCAGCGGUGGCGAACCGUCUCAAUCAAUUUCGCAAGAAGCACCCGCACCUCUUCGUCACGCGACCUGUCGUGAAGCUGUGGUACGCCGCCUUCGCCGCCAUAGUGCUCUUCUCAGAGAAGAAGAUUGGCGCAACCGUAGCACUCACCAUCGACGGUCAGCGAGUGGUGGUGCCGCGGAGCGCCAAGGCGGUGGCGGUGUGCAACAUGCUCUCCUACGCUGGCGGCGCAGUAGCGUGGAAUGGCGGGGCGCGUGACUGCUACACGAAGCCCUCUGUCUGCGACGGCAAGGUGGAGAUCGUGUGCUUCUACGGCAUCUGGCACCUCGCUCUCGUACGACUGGGAUGGUGCUACGGCAGGAAGCUCGGUCAGGGGAGUCGUGUCGAGAUUGCGACGGCGUGUCACAGCUGCCAGUUCGACGGCGAGGAAGUUUCUGACGUGGUAGACGCGGCGGGGACGGCCAUAAUUCGCAUUGAGCGCUAUACCGACUCGGACUGCCUCACAGUCCCGCCGCCGUCCGAGACGAACCUCCUCGCCGUGGCGUUGGUAGUGGCUGCGCUGUUGCUCGCAUUCUGCUACAAGUCCGCUUUCUGA